AUGGCUUCUUCUGUGCCUUCAGCAUCAGUUUUUUCCUUGCCGCUUCCGCCCUGGCAACAACCUCCUAGCGUGCGCGUAGCUCAAUAUGAGCGUAAGAAGCGCAAGAGGGAUUUCGAUGAUUGGGGAAAUGAGACCGAGGAUGCUGGUGGCGAAACAACUGAUGCUGCCUCAGAUUUUACUCCGGCGGCAUCAUCCUUGAUUUUAUCGCCCAAUGAAGCCCAUCAAUACCGCAUUGCAGGUCUUCCUUUCGACCAAGAGCUUCCAGGUGGACAUUUUCCGCAUGCAGCACCAAAAGACUCAUCACAUCGUCGGGAAAUCAAAGGCGAUAUACUCAAGGGCUUGUCGAACUUAUCGCCUCCCAUCUAUCCGCCACAGUCCGCUGCUCAUCAGGGGAAUCUUCGGUUGCAGCAUUUUGCCGUGCUCUCGGCCAUUCUCCAUCGUUGCCUUCUCCAACGAGAUUAUCUCCGCGCGGGAAGGUCUUGGGCUCUGAUUCUCCGUGAAGAGUAUGGAGGCAAUCCCGUUGAUAUACGCAACGAAGAGAGGUGGGGCAUCGGCGCUGAGAUCCUACUUCGGCGGGGACGACAGUUGUCAGAUCUCACGUCUUCAUCUGAACCAGUGGAUGAUGGGUCUUUGAAACCGAAGAACGCUUUCGGGCUUUGCUUUACGAGGAAAGGAUUUGAGGAUGCGAGGCAGUAUUACGAGAGGCUCAUUAUUCAACACCCGUUUCGAAAAGUCGCGCCGGACGCAACAAGCGCCUUACAUUUCUACCCCGCCAUGUUUGGACUUUGGAUAUACGUUGUCCAAGAGGAGAGCAAUACCGCUCGAGAUGCGAUGCAACAGAGUUUUGCUGAGGACUCAUCUGAUGAAUUGUCGGAUGAUGAAGAUGGGUUCAAGGCUCAUAGCAGCUCUGUCAAAAGGAAGCAGAAAAUGGCCGCAGAGAUACGAGUGAAGGAACUAGAACAAGCACAGCAGAUUGCAGCCCGUAUGGAUGAGAUUAUUGUGUCGCCUCCAUACUCGGAUUCCCCCGAGCUAUUGGAACUUAGGGGUAUGAUUUCGCUCUGGAUUGCGGAUCUUUUUGUCUUGAGUGUACCGCAACCAGAGGAUGACUAUCAUAACUUUAACGAUGUCGACACCAUAUCCUCUGAUGGCUGUACAGGGUCCAUCCAAGAAAGGCGAGAACAGAGGCUUGCCAUGGAAAAGAGGCAGGCGGAGAUUCUGAAAUCGGUAGGGUACUUUGAGAAAGGAAAACAGCGCGGUAGGGGGGUUUCUCAUACUCUUGAAAACCUUCAUAUCGACGAUGGAAUCUCUUACAAAACAAUGGGGGUCGGAGAUUAUAUCCAUUCCAAAGAAGCCGGUCAACACCGUGCUGCCACGAAUGAGACGUCAACCCAGUCGAGAAAAUUCUUAGCUGAGCAGGCCAAAGUCAAUGUUCCUCCGACAAACCUGAUGGCACCUGUUCCCUUGGGGGUUGGUGCGUCUGGGCUACCGCAAGAACUAGAAGAUGCUCAACAAAGAGAUACGUUCGACACAGAUGUGGAAGGGAUUGAUGAAUCUACUAUUGCUGGAACCAGUAUUGCCGAUGCUGAAGAAUUUCGAAUCCAACCUACCCAAUUACCUCAACUUCAGCCGCCUCAGCCAACUCAGAUCACAAAUAUCCCUCAGCCUCAAGACACGGACACAAGACCUUUAUACCAAUUUCGCCAUGGACGUCGUCCGUACCAAUCUAACUGGUACGAGAAUUUGGGGGAUAAGGCUAUGAAGUCAGCAGGAUUCGAGUCAGACGAUGCCGACGACGACGCUAGCCAGUUGACUUCUAUUGCCGGAGAUGACGAAAGGGAUGAGCCCAAUGAUUGGUACUAUUCUCACAAGCAUCGUGCUGCACCUGAGGAACCUUUGAGCAAACGCCUGGAGAAUUUCUGGAAUGCUAGCAAACGAACAACUCCCAAACCAACAACUCAAUUCCAUCCAGAGACAAAACACCCGGUGCUAGCCCCACCAGCUCUUGAGUCCAGGAAACAGGAUCUGCCCGUGGGUGAAAGCAGAAAGAUUACCCUUUCUCGCAGUAUGACCGCGACGCCCAGGACCAGAUUCAGCCCGGCAAAGCCUUCGCUUCUCGAACAGCUGGAUAAAUCCCCUACACGUCGAGUUGGUUCCUCGCGAACGCGGCCUAGACGGGGAAGCGUGAUUGACCUCCGCCAGGGGAACAACGGUGACGAUGCAGAUCUGUUCACUGGUGACAACCGAGACAGUAUUGAUGGCCAGUCGAUGACCGCUUUUGAUUUAACGAACGUGGUAGCUCUUGACGAGGACGACACGCUACAAGAUUCCUUCUUGAGACACAGCCGUUCUGGAUCCGACCCCACUGCUCCUUCAAAAAAACGAAGCCUCGAACCAGAUUAUCCACCGGAUGUCCUGUAUCAGAAGUCCUUUGCUGAGCUUCAGUCCGAACCGUUUGAUCGAUCUCCUAGCACCACCACUCCUGUACAACCCACACCCGCUCCAGAAGCAGAUACGGCCCCAGAAGACAAGUUCCCUAUGCUUGCGAACAUGUCAAACCUUGACCGCCGAAAUUACUUCUCAACUCUCUCAAUUGACGAAUGGGAAUCAUGCGGAGAUCAAUUGAUCGACCAAUUCACCGAUAUGCUCACGAAAAUGAAAGACCUACGCCAGGCACGACGCAAGACAGCCGCCAUCUUUGAGGCUGAAUUGAGAAGAAGGAAUGAAGUGGUCGAAGAACAGGGUCGCGAGUUAUCCGACAAGAUGGAAGUUAUGAGAACUGGGGGAGCAGAGGUUCUGCGUGGUCGUACCCCUUGA